AUGCCUCUUCGCUCGGUUCAAGGCAAAGACCCCCCCUCCCCCGGACCUUAGCGUGACUGCACUGCUGUCUACUUGUGAUUGUUGUUUUCAGUUUUGCUAGCUGGAUGUCUACAACCUGUACAUUUUACAUGGAGAGGACAGCUAGAUAAUUUACAAAUCAUGGCGACCAUCGUUCUUUAUUCCAUGAACAGAACGGCGCAAACCACUGCGAGACAAUGUUUAAUUCAGUUUUCAAAGCGAGCUUCCAUAGUGGACUCGCACCUAUCUUUCUUCCGCAGGUUAACUUCGCUUCCGGGAGCGAGAUGUGUUCCCAAAGCUACUGGAGUGCGGUUAAUGUCACACGGGACUGCAGGCAAAUCGGCAACCGGGCGAACCAGGAGAGGCGCACUGCUGGUUGCUGGAGCAGCGGCGGCAGUGGCGGGUUUUGUGGCUAGCGGUAGUCACUUUCAGCGGGCUGAAAUGGCAACCAUGAUCCCCAAAACCGAGGAGAAGGAGAUAGCGGAGAAAUGCAAGACGUUCAUGGCCCCGCCGUGUACCGACGUCAAAGUGCUGCAGCAGAGGAAAGAGGAAAUGUGCACGAGGAUGGAGAUGCUGAUAAUGGACACUCAGGCGGAGUUCUGCAGAGCGCUCGAGGAGGUGGACGGCGGCAAGUUCAAAGUGGACAAGUGGGAACGGAAAGAAGGUGGCGGGGGCAUUAGCUGUGUGCUGCAGGAUGGGAAGGUGUUUGAGAAGGCGGGGGUCAACGUGUCCGUGGUGUUUGGGAACCUGACCGAGGAGGCCGCUAAGCAGAUGCGCAGCAGAGGGAAGGUCCUCAAAGGGAAAGAUGGCAUCCUGCCAUUCUGUGCCAUGGGCGUGAGCUCAGUCAUCCACCCCAAGAACCCCCACAUUCCCACAGUGCACUUCAACUACAGAUACUUUGAGAUAGAAGAAGAAGAUGGCACUAAACAGUGGUGGUUUGGUGGCGGUACAGACCUGACUCCUACCUAUGUCAAUAAGGAGGAUGGUGCUCACUUUCACAACAGUCUGAAGGAGGCCUGUGACAAACAUCACCCCCAGUACUACCCCGACUUCAAAAAGUGGUGUGACCACUACUUUUACAUCCGCCAUCGUGGCGAGACGCGGGGCAUCGGUGGCAUCUUCUUUGACGACCUGGACUCUCCCAGCCAGGAGGAGGCGUUCAGCUUUGUUAGGAGCUGUGCCCAGACCGUGGUGCCCUGUUACCUGCCCAUUGUCUACAAACACCUCAAUGACCCCUUCAGCCCAGAGGAGAAGGACUGGCAGCAGGUGCGGAGAGGCAGGUAUGUGGAAUUUAACCUGGUGUAUGACAGAGGGGUGAAGUUUGGACUGGCCACCCCAGGCUCCAGGAUCGAGAGCAUCCUCAUGUCCCUGCCCCUAACAGCCAAGUGGGAGUACAUGCAUGAGCCUCCUAAAGGUUCCCAGGAGGCCGAUAUGCUGGAGGUGUUACGAAACCCCAAGGAGUGGAUCUGAAAUGGGUGUUACCAUGUUUACACAUUACCAUGGAGAUACCAACCUGACUCAGCCUUCAGAGCAGCAGCCUACGUGACUGUUGACUGGAACAGGCAUCCGUCCCUUUGACUGCGAAAUCAUUGCUUUGUCAUUGGCCAACGCACCGCUGAUGCUAUUAGCUAGUUGUUACUGGAAAAUGCACACUUGCUCUUAUUGCUUUUGCUGUCUGUUUCUUAUUGCUUGAUAUAAUAUUGUCUGUGUCAGAUAAGCCUUAACACUACCAUUUAGCAGACGCUCUUAUCCAGAGCGACUUACAGGAGCAAUUGGGGUUAAGGGCCUUGCUCAAGGGCACAUCGACUGAUUUUUCACCUAGUCGGCUUGGGAAUUCGAACCAGCGACCUUUCGGUAACUGGCCCAACACUCUCAACCGCUAGGCUAACUGCUGCCCUUUUGCCUUCCGCCCACAUUGCUUUAUCACGGGUGUCUUUAUCACUAUUGACUGCUUCAAGUUAAUAUUUCCUGUGUCAGAUGCAUGCUGUGUACCAACUGGUCUAGAUUGGCUGGCUCUGCUUGUCUCUGGUCUCCAAAGCAACCCAGGGUUGUGUUCUCCAGGCAGUCUAGGCACUUUUGAAGGAAAAACACUCAUGUUUCAAACUGUUUUCUCCCUUCUGUUCAUGCUGAAUGUGACCCAGGACACAAAGGGAAAGUGUGUCUGAACCACUCAGGGUAUGUGCGCUAUGCCAUUGAUGUAAAAUAUAAUAAAAAGUGCUAGACAUGCUAGGAUAUAACAUGUCAUUCAACAUAAUUUAUAAAUAACCUUUUUUUGAGAAAGGGCAUCAGCAUAACCUGUGAUUUUCUGGUCUCAAACCCAGUACCUAAUCUACUGCGCUAGACGUGGAAUACUCCAACAUUGUUUUUGCACAUAUUUAGGUUAGUCAUUUAGAAUGUAGAUUAGAAAUGUGAUUGUUGGGUAAGGUUUGAAAACUGAAGUCUCAACUGGGAUUCGAAAUACCAUUAUACAGUUGUUUUUGGACUGCAGAAGGACAAAGAUGGUCCUCAUAUCAACUACAGAAAAGGGUUGGAUAAAUUUGGAGGCACUGACGACAACAGCCCCACAUGUUUAAGUAUUUUAUUACAAAUUAAAAUUCAAGCUCAGUACAUAUUCAAA